AUGAAAAAAAAUGAAACAAGCCUAGUCGAUUUGGUAUUCUCUUGGUCUCUAGAGGAUGUUCUCAAUGAAAAUCUUUACAGAAAUCAGGUGCAGAGGAUCCCCGACACAUUUCACACAGUGACGAGUUACAAGAAAACAUUCAUUCCUUCACUUGUUGAGGAAACUCAUGCUGAUUUACUAUCGAAUGUGUCGAUUCUGCCACAUGCACCUACUUGUGAAAUUCUGACAAUCAUGGAUUCCGAUAAAUCUUCUGAUGACUUGUUUUACGAUGUAACGUAUAAGAGAGAUAUGGAAACUAAUGAGAAUGACAAAGAACUGAUGUAUGAGCCACAGGCUGGAGAUAUCAUUGCCUUGACAAAUGUUAGACCAAAAUGCAUUGAUGAUUUGAACAGGCCUCCAAGGUUCUAUCUUAUAGCCUAUGUUGCUAAAGCAUAUGAUAUUGAUGAAUAUCCUGAUCUCCUCCAGUUCAAAAUAGUGUCAUCGAAGCCUAUCAACUAUGGAGAGCUACGCAUGAAUAAGAGCAAGAGAGAAACACUUUUUGCUGUCCGUCUUAUAAACUUGAUUACAAAUGUCCGUGUAUGGAAGGCUUUGAACUCAGAAGAGGGGAAUACAAAUAUCAUUAACAAAGUUCUGCAACCCAAGCCAGAUGAUGGGGAUUCUUGUUCAGUCUGCUUCUCCAAAGAAAAAUGCUGCACUAGAAUUUCUGAUAUAUGGCCUACAAUUCGCUCCCAAAAUCUAAAUGAUUCCCAAGAAGCUGCAGUUUUGAACUGUAUCAAUUUGUCUCAAUGUCAUCACCAGAAUUCUGUAAAAUUAAUAUGGGGUCCUCCUGGUACUGGCAAGACAAAGACAAUGAGUCUGACACUCUUUGCGCUAUUUCAGUUGAAGUGCAGAACUCUCACAUGUGCUCCCACCAAUAUUGCCGUGCUAGAAAUUGCAGCAAGGCUCCGAAGAUCGGUUAAUCAGUUACUUGAGUAUGGCGGGUAUGGACUAGGAGAUAUAGUUCUCUUUGGUAACAAAAAGCGAAUGAAGAUUGACAAUAAAGAUGAUGUGCGUGACAUAUUUCUUGAUCAUCGUGUUAAAAUCCUCAUCAAGUGUUUGGUUCCUUUGUCUGGGUGGAAACAUUUGUUAUCAUCAAUGAUACAUUUACUUGAUGAUCCAGUGGAACAUUAUUCUAUGUAUUUGCAAAAGAGAGCUGCAAAGCAAAAACAGAAUGCAGAAAAAAAUGAGGAGGAUGAUCGAACUGAGGAUUAUCUUUUGACAUUUGAGGAGUUUGUGAAGAAUGAAUUUGAUUCAGUCAGUCAGGACCUGAAGAUUUGUAUGACAGGUUUGUACACCCACUUACCAACUUCUUGCAUUUCACUCGAAGUGGUAAAGGACAUGGUAAGAGCUUUGGGUUUGCUCAAGUCUAUUAAAUCUUCAUUGCAUACUAUUGGUGCUGCUAAUGAAGGAUUGAAGCUAGUCCUCAAUGACUUCAAAGUUCCCGGAAGCACUGUUGGUUGCCUCAGGCAGCUGAGAACAAAAUGUACAAACACACUGAAGUCCCUUCCAAUGGAAUUCUCUGUUCCUAUUUCCGAAUAUGCAUUAAAGGACUUCUGCCUAGAAAAUGCUUGCUUAAUAUUCUGUACCGCAUCAACUUCUUCCAAAUUGCAUAUUGUAGCAGAAACAAGACCAUUGGAAUUGUUGGUCAUUGACGAGGCUGCUCAGCUUAAAGAAUGUGAAUCAGCAAUUCCUUUACAAAUAUCUGGUCUCCGCCAUGCUAUCCUUGUAGGAGAUGAGUUGCAACUCCCUGCCAUGGUUCAAAGCAAGAUUGCAGCAAGUGCUGAUUUUGGAAGAAGUUUGUUUGAAAGGCUGGCAAAGUUGGGACACAAGAAGCACCUGCUCAAUGUCCAGUACAGGAUGCAUCCAUCCAUCAGUUUAUUUCCAAAAAAGGAGUUCUACGACAACCAGAUAGUAGAUGGUCCAAAUGUUAAAGAAACAAGCUACAAGAGAUUCUUCCUCAAGGGAAAAAUGUACGGAUCUUAUUCCUUCAUAAAUGUUGCCAAUGGAAAAGAUGAAUUUGAUCACAGACGUAGUCGGAAAAAUAUGGUGGAGGUUGCUGUAGUCUCUGAGAUAGUAGCAAGCCUUUAUAAAGAAUUUAGAAGGACAAAGAAGAAAGUUAGUAUUGGUGUCAUAUCACCAUACAAGGCUCAAGUUUAUGCAAUUCAAAAGAUACUCACAAAAUCUACUGGAACUUCUGAUACUGGCUUCUCCGUAAGUGUGCGAUCUGUUGAUGGGUUCCAAGGUGGUGAAGAAGAUGUGAUAAUUAUAUCUACUGUGCGAUGUAAUGGGAACGGGUCAGUUGGUUUUAUGUCAAACAUGCAAAGAGCAAAUGUUGCACUUACACGUGCAAGGUAUUGCCUUUGGAUAGUGGGUAAUGCGUCAACUUUGGUUACAAGUGACUCUGUUUGGAAGAAGCUUGUCCUUGAUGCCAAGAAACGGAACUGUUUUCAUAAUGCUGAUGAAGACAGCAACUUGGCUCAGGCUAUUACAACUGCCCUGCUAGAGCUUGACCAACUUCAUUCUCUGCUUAAUAUCGGCUCUAUGCUGUUCAAAAACGCUAUAUGGAAGGUUUGCUUCACUGGUGACUUUUUGAACUCCAUAAGAAAAAUUAAAGAUACUGCGAUUCUAGGGGAAGUGCUUGCGUUAUUAACCAGCCUUUCACGUGGAUGGCGCUCUCCUCACAAGGAUAAAGGAAAUGUAGUGUAUGAUGGAACUUCUGCUCAGCUGUUAGAGAAGUAUAAAAUCAAAGGGCACAUGAAUAUCAUUUGGACUGUAGAUAUUAUCCAGGAGAAUGCACAUUAUGUCCAAGUUAUAAAGUUUUGGGAUAUUUUGCCAUUUUCUCAUUUACCAGAACUAGCAAAGCGUCUUGACAUUGUUUUUGGAAAAUUUACAGUGGAUAAGAUGAACCGCUGCAAGCACAAAUGCAUUGACAGGGAUACUGUUGUUCCAAUGAGAUGGCCGGUGGUUUUCAGCAACUUCCCUGUAGAUGAUCAUGACGAGUUCCUUUCAAAGCCAUUGUCUUCUCUCAUUAUUACAGCUAAUCCAAGAACGUCGACAACAGCAUAUGGGGAGACAGCAAAAGCAGUAAAAUCGAUUAUCCGUUCUAAGAACAACAUUAAUAAAAAAGAAAGAUUGGAAAUUGCAGAAAGAUACAGUAACAAAAGCAGUUCAAAAAGCAUCGUGAAUCGAAGAAUAAAAUCAUCAUGGAAACUAAAAGUUGGAGGGUGUAGUUCGCAAAACACCAAAUUAUCUGAACACCAUGAAACACCGUCAAGCCAAUAUCAAGCCGACGGGGUGAAAGACAAAGACUCAGAUGACAUGAAUCGGUUUUACUUGAGGACAGAUGACGCAGAUCACUAUUCGGAUGUAUCUGCAGGGAGGAGAGUAAAGUCAGUAAACUGGCAAAAAAAGUUGAUUGGAGCUGGCAUGGAGGAUGCUGAUUUUUCUGUUAAGUCAACUGGAGACAAAAAGAAGUCGAUGAAAAAUCAGAAAAGGGUCUGUGUUAAAGGCACCAGAACCUAA